UUUACAAGCUGCCGUUGUUACGUACUCAAACGUUAAACAAGGCUAGCUUUUAGCAAGCAAACAGCCUAACGUCAAUUUCACAAAAUUCAGCGCAUUUACUGGGCUGUUUAGCUCUUCUCUAAACAAAGUUUUGGACAUAUUUUGCAAUCAUCCAUGUUUUCUUGUGAGGUGAACUGUAAACAGGAGAAGCCCAACAGGAUGACCAGUGUGCUCUGCAGCAGAGCUCGGCUGGUGACGUACCUGCCAGGGCUUCACGUUCUAGUUCAUCGUGUUGCUGGAGCCAGGACUUUCUCUGGUGCGUCCUGUUCAGAUGAGACACACCUUCACAGCAGUACCCCUGACACUGCACAAAGAACAGUGUGGCCGGACGAGACCAUGGGCCCGUUCGGACCUCAGGAUAAACAUUUCCAGUUGGCGGGUAACAUGGGUUUUGACUGUCAUUUGGAGGGUGCAGUGGAGCAGAGGACCUCAGCGAUGGAUGACGUGAUGCCAGACGUGCUCACUGCUCAGUCCAGCAGCGAGAGGCACGGCUUCAUCGUAGCCCAGUUCAUCAGUGAGCUUCAUGAAAGUGAUAAAACAUCCGCAGAACAGAACCUGGAUAAAGCAGAGCACUUCUUCGAUCAUUCCAGCGUGGAGUGUGCCAUUCAGUCUUGCCCGGAAUCGUUAAAGAAAGAUUUAAAGUCCAUGUUCCCUGAGGCCCCGUCGACUGCCAUGAUGGUGGUCACAGUGACUCAGAAAACACAGAACGACAUGACGGCCUGGACUGAGCAAGUGGACCAGGAGAGAGAAGAGCUGCUCGAUAAAUUCGUUGCAGGGGCAAAGGAGAUAUGCCAUGCUCUCCGAACAGAAGGAUUCUGGGCUGAUUUCAUUGACCCGUCGUCUGGACUUGCAUUCUUUGGUCCAUACACAAACAACACGCUCUUUGAAACGGAUGAAAGGUAUCGCCAUUUAGGUUUUCGGAUCGAGGACCUGGGCUGCUGUAAAGUGAUUCGGCAUGUCUUGUGGGGGACGCACGUUUUUGUGGGCACACUUUUCACCACAGCGCCUCCCGACAGCCAGAUCAUGAAGAAGCUGCAAGGGAACUAAAGUGAAUUAGUUAAAGAUGCUAAGUCAGAACACUAUUCAUUUCAACACCAAACCUCAACUUUGAGAUGGUUAGCACAUUUAAAACAUGCUUACAUCCCAUAAUACACUUAGAGAAGUUGCCUAGUGGCUGCUGCUGGAAAUUUGUAUUUAUUUUUGUAGAUCGAGAAACACUCUUGGUGUGACUUUUAUUUUUACUACAAAGGGAAGUUCUGUGUCACAUGUCCAGCAUCUUUCAGUCGCUCUCUUCCUCUGUGUUGCCCCUCUUCUACUACAGACCUCAAAGGAACUAAAAUGUGACCGCUAAAAUGUUCACACCAUUGCUCCAUUUAAAUGUGUAUUUAGUAUUUUGUCAAUACGUUAUAUUUACAAAGUUUCAGUAGUGAUUAAAAGCAGUAUUGUCUGAUUUCUUCAUAGCUUCACAAUAGGCACAAUAAAGAAUUAAGAGUAUAACUUGCUGUUAUGUUGACUUAUUGUUUGUGUGACCAGUUUGGACCUGAUGACCUUCACAACCAUCCCAUAAUCUGAAUGGUUGAGCUACCGAGAUAUAAAGCCUUCAUCACUCACUAGUGACAUGCAUUUAAAGUAACUAGUAAAUGUGACUAGAGUUGGACUGAUAAUUGGGUUGACAGAUUUUUUUAUACUCUAUUAAAGUAAAAAAAUAUAUAUACUGACCCUAAAUUGUUUUACUGUAGUAUGCGUGUAAAUAUAAGUAGAUGCAUCUUAUGUUUUAUUUUUAUGGGUGUAGGCUGCUGAUAAUCACCAAAAAACAAAAAAACAACAACGAUGAGUUCUGUGCAUACUAUAACUUUCUGUAACUAUACUAUAAAUGUAGUAGUGUCAAUAAAAAGGUUCAGUGAAUUAUC